AUGUCAACCCAACGGGUCCAUCCUUUCUGGCUCGUUCUGACAGAUGAGGACGCUCAUGGCCUGCAACAGUACGGCGUGUUGGAUCUGACCUAUGAGUCCGGAUACCAGGAACUGCACAGAGACUGCUUUUUCAGGCACGAUGACAUCUCAAAUGCCCUACGCGGAAACCCGAAGCCGACCGACAUGCUCAAGAUACCAUUGAUUCUCAUUUCACGCAGAGUCCUUAUUUGGCUUGGCUUCAGUGAUAAGCAGGCCGACCUCUUGUGGCCACCAGUUGAACGAUUUCUCAACAAGAACGAAAUCAAAUCACUAAAAGAUGGACAAGCCGCCCUAUCGUUAUUUCAAAACACCAUUGAGUACCACAUUCGUCGUGAGAACGUUUGCGAUACAAUCCCAGCUCUCAACACAUUCACCGACGAUGAUAACGAAUGGAGACAGAUCCUUCACGCGUACGGUCUCUCCCAACAAUUUGCGGACAUGAUCAUGGACCCUCGUUUCCCGUUGGGAAUUGUUACUCAAAAUACGCGAAACCUCCAGGAGGAGAACAGCUCGAAUUUGGAAGAAUCAUAA